UGGGCAGAUCUAUUUAUUAUCUGUGGAGAUAGCACCAGUAGCAGACAGGCCAUCCUCGAGAUUGUGAACCUAACGCAUGCUGCGUCCACCCACUCUCCUGCGUGGGAGCAACUGGGAACAAUCUGUUGAUGACUUUUUCCCACAGAAUAUCCUAGAAGGUCUAUCCUAGAAGGGAUUGGCAGUAUUUCAGGGCCACCGUCGUAAGAUCCUGAACAUGGGAGAGUGCAUUUCAGUCCGUGUUUUGCUGAUGUUUCUGGCCCUAAUCAGCUAUCUAAUUGCACUGACAUUCAACAUAUUGGCUCUAUUUGGGCCCUGGACAGGUGCGUUCAUGCAAACCACACAGUAUGUGCUGAGCAAGUCCACAACGCACUUAACCCCGGAUAGAUGGGUACUCUUUCUAUGGGACGUCCUUAACGUCUGGUUGAUCGGCAUGUUCAUCUAUCUGAUACACAAUCUCCGUAGAAGGGAAGCCUAUACGUGGAUGUACACCACUCCUGCUGUCCUGCCCUACGGAUUCUACUUGUCCUGGAUCGUGAAUAGUAUUUUGAAUAUGGCAUGGUUAUUUCUGUACGACAAAGAAUUCUGUGUUUGUCCUAGAAAGAUGGUGCCAACUCUCCUGAUCACAGCAUUACAGGCCAUCUCCAACUGCGUGAUUAUCAUGUUCUCCUGCUACGGACUGGCCGUCUAUGGAGCGUGGCUCCAUAAAUAUCACAACAAUGAUCUCUGGCUCAUUCGAAUACUGGUGCAAAACGGAGUGGCUUUGUAUGCAACAUGGUGGGCUGUGGCUACUUUUUUACACUUGACCGUUGUUUUAGACCAUCAAACCCCAAUACCCAAGACAGAUGCUGCAAUAAUGGUGCUAGUUCUGCUCCAAUUGGGACUCAUAGGAUGGUUUGUCAUAGAGAACUGGUACCUGGAUAAGCACGUGCGCUACAUCCUCACAGUGUACCCUGUGGUGAUCCUGGUGUUGGCAGCGAGUGUGGCCAAUCCAGCCACGCCCGGUACCCACAUAGACAUCAUGUCUGCUGUCAUAUUGGCCAUAACUAGUGUCAUAUUCCUUGUACGCAUUGUCAUGGUGUUAUGGAAGCACAAGAACAAACCGUUUUAUGGAGAAGAGGAGCUCAUGUCUCCAGUGGACAUCGCCAGAACACAGAAGCUCAUCUUUAUGUAGGAAGAAGAGAGCUGCCGCGGAUAUUCACAUGCCCCCUUGUUUGAAUGUUGUUUUCCUGAACAUGUCAUGGCUGAGACGUGAUCAAACUCUCCCUGUGUUGGAUUCAUCAAGGCUUUGCUUCAGCAAGACAUUUCGGUGAUGAUUUAGGCUAAUAGUGCCUUUGUACUGUACAGAUGGAGCUCAUAACCAUUGGCCAUGCUAAUGUCUUUUUCGAAAUCAUAUCAAUGACUGUGUGUGAUAAAACUAUGCACCGGAAUUCUCUCAUGACCGCAAUACUAAUUCAAUGACAUUCAUGUGAUUGUGUUAUUUUUGUGUUUAUUUUGUUAACCGUUAACUACCACCAUAUUGUUUUUAUACCAUGCUCUGAUCUACCUUUGUGUUUUGACGUCUUGUUUUAGGUGCUACACUGUACAAAGGUUUGGACUGCGUUUAUGUACGAAUUAAACUAUAGAAAUAAAGUGUAUUAUUAUACUUACUAACGUACUUAUCUGUAAAUGUUCAUGGGAUUUAACAAUAGUCAAUACAACCGUGUGCCACAGUGCAAUCGCAGGAGCACCCAUUGGUUAGAAACCAUGGGGAAAAAUAACCACACACACACACACACAGUAAACCAAGAUACACUGACUGAAACAGUGCCAUCAUCCAAAGUCCAAUGCACCCGAUCCAAGAUAGUGUGUGUGUGUGUAUAAAAGAGUGCGGUGUGUGAGGCGAGCGUUCAACAGUUGAUAGUUCGACAGGGAGCAUGUACCGCUCCCGUGUGUCUCCGUAUGGCCAGGGCAGUAUGGAGGGACAUCAUCACCAUGUGUUCCUACACGGUGUGUGUAUCGCUCUGGCCAUGUUUAGCCAGGUGGUCUCCGAGACCUUCCAUGUUCUAGCAUCAGGGACCAACUCUGGCGGUCUGUUUAGGACCACAUUGGAUAAUGUCUCUGAGUCCUUUCCUCUGGAGGUGACCAUGGACCGCUGGGCAGACAACACCUGGAUCAUGCUCCGGCUAUGGAACAGUGCUUGGCUCAUACACUCUCUUUUUACUGUGUUCCAGAGGAAUGGGUUUGGGCCAGUCUCCUGCAACCCUGAGAUUCACCCUCCGUCAUUCUAUCUGAUCUGGACUAUGAUCAACGUAGCAAAGAUCACCUGGCUGUUUCUCUGGGACAGGCAUGACCUUCUACCGUCCCUGUUUUUUAAAUGGGUUAUCCCAAUUCACAGCUUCCAAAUGCUGUAUGUGUCCUACCGAAACCUGCACAAUCACAGAACCUGGCUGGCCAUCAACAACCCCAAAGAACCCUGGUGGACCCGCUAUCUGACCCAGAACGGACUGGCUGCGUUUGGCUGGUGGACUCUCCUGGAGGCCCUGGUCAGUCUGGGAGUUGUGCUGGGGUACCAGGCUGGGCUACCUGAGCCUCUGGUCAGCUCAAUGGUGCUCACUCUACUUCUCCUGGGGAUGCUCAUCUGGUUUGUCUUUGAGAGCUUCACAUUCUCCAAGUACAUCCGCUACACGUUUACUGUCUACCCUGUGUUGAUUGUGGGCCUGGGAGCCAUGUUCACCAGAGGCUAUCGUGUCCAUGACCUUGCUCCUAACACAGUCUACUGUGGGUUCAUUAUGCUUGCUGCAACUGUCCUGAACUGUAUCCGUUUGAUCGCUGCAUGCUUCUACCCGGAUGACACCUCCAACAAUUUGACCAAGGAGCCCAACCGUAAACCUGACUUCUGCGAGACUGUCUGCCAACCAAUGGGAAAGGACAUCACAAUGGCUUCACAAACUGGUUUUGUGAAUCCUGUCUUCUGUAAUAACUUAGACAAUUAGCAGAGGAUACGGUGUCCAUAUUAGGACAGAAACGACUCCUGUUGAGGAUUUACCCAAAGUGAAUUGUUUUGCAUGUAAAUAAUUUUGAUACUAAUUAAUGGUAUUUUCUGUAAGAAUGGACACUGUGCUCUUGGCGAGGAAUAGCUACAGCUUGAGUUAACUCUAAGCUUAGAGUGUUGACAUGCCUCCACAUUCAUCACAAACAAAUAGAUUCCAGAAUACCAAACAGUCCCUUAACAAUUCAGAAUGUUGAAUAAACUUUAUUUGAACUUA